CUGCAGAGCGCAGGCUGUCACCUCCCCUCCGUCGAGCUGUCAGUUGACAGCAGCACACAUGAACCUCAGUGCUGCAGACGGAGUUGACACCCGUUGAUUUUACGACUAAAUAACCGCUCCUCGGCGUUUUAAUUCAGACGGGGCAAAAACAUGACAGGAAACACCCCUGUCAUCCCUACGGACUGAUCACAAGCGCGUAGGAGGAGGGCUGAGCCGCUUGCUAGUUGUGAGCUGCUAUCUAAUGUUAAUAGUUAGCUAGCUUGCAUGCUAAUGGUAGAUAGCUGGUGAACGGAGUCCGGUUCUGCUUUGUGCCGUCACGUUAGAUAGCUGGCUCGCUAGCGAAGGUCGGAGGGACUAACGUUAGCUGGUAGUCAAGAGCGGUUAUUAGUUAUUCACCAUCCUUAAUGUGUCAUUUAUAAUUUGUUUUAAGGCUGCAUAAUACGUUGUGUGUUAUUUGUGACGGAGCUUGACAUUACUCUUGUUUUAUACGUUUAUUCAUUUUACUGAAUUUAUCGUUGAUGUUUGCUAGCUAGCGAGCUACUCGGCUAUGCUAACGCCAGCUCAGUGAUACCUCACAUCGCAGGGGUGCGGAGAGCUCCAGACUAGUCAAGGAAGGAAGAGAAGUGACUUAUGAUGUGGGCUGAGGGAAGCGGUGGACUGUUAGGCGAAGGAGAGCAGCAGUAUUAGCUUUACACAUCGCAUUGUCUCAUAUCAUUCCUUGUCGAGGUAACGUUAGGGCCAUAGCGUCAGCCAAGCUGUGUGGGUCAGUUGGAUGAAGAAAAUAAUUUGGACACUUUGAUUUGCGAGCUGGCUAAAUGAGUAGUAUUAGUAUUACUGAGUCGUGAGCUAGUGGCCACUGUGCCAGCUUUAAGGGAAGACACCCUGUCAAGAUUAUCGCACAGACUGCAAUAACCAGCCAGUUUGUUUAAAGAUGGCUUCGGCGAACAGCAUUGCCGCAGCUAUUGCGAGCAAAACGAAGACCAAGAAAAAACACUUCGUUGCUCAGAAAGUGAAGCUCUUCCGUGCCAGCGACCCUCUGCUCAGCGUGCUUAUGUGGGGAGUCAACCAUUCGAUAAAUGAGUUAAGCCAUGUUCAGAUUCCCAUCAUGCUCAUGCCAGAUGACUUCAAGGCCUAUUCUAAGAUCAAAGUGGACAACCACCUCUUCAACAAGGAGAACAUGCCCAGCCAUUUCAAGUUCAAGGAGUACUGCCCUCUGGUGUUUCGAAACCUCAGAGAGAGGUUUGGCAUUGACGAUCAGGACUUCUUGAACUCUCUGACACGCAGUGCUCCCUUGAACAGUGAGGCCCAGGGACGGAGCGGGGCCCGCUUCCAUACCUCUUAUGACAAACGCUAUGUCAUUAAGACCAUCAGCAGCGAGGAUGUUGCGGAGAUGCAUAACAUUCUGAAGAAAUAUCAUCAGUUCAUCGUGGAGUGCCAUGGCAACACACUGCUGCCUCAGUUUCUGGGGAUUUACCGGCUCACCGUGGAUGGAGAUGAGACCUACAUGAUUGUUACACGCAAUGUCUUCUCUCACCGCCUUUCCGUCUACAAAAAAUAUGAUCUCAAGGGUUCCACUGUGGCAAGAGAGGCCAGCGACAAGGAGAAGCAGCCGCCCCAACCAGAGGAUGUGCCCCCGCGGCCCAAAUCUGGUAACGUUCAGCAAAGGCUGCAAACACUGCGGAUUGCCACGCGCUUUUACUGCGCCAUGAAACACGUAAGAGAUGCCAAGGAGCUGCCAACCUACAAGGACAAUGACUUCAUCAAUGAUGGGCAGAAGAUCUACAUUGACGGGGAGAACAAGAAAAUGUUCCUGGAGAAGCUUAGGAAAGAUGUGGAGUUCCUGGCCCAGCUGAAGCUCAUGGACUACAGUCUGCUGGUGGGGAUCCACGAUGUGGAGCGAGCCGAGCAGGAAGAGGUGGAGAGCGAGGACAAUGAGGCAGAGGAGGAGGGCGAGAGUGACGGAGGGGGCAUUGGAACGCCUCCCGACAGCCCCAGCAACACCCUGGACAGCACUAAGCCUCUGUCACCUGGAGAGUUUGAUCCCGCUAUUGACGUCUACGCCAUCAAAAGCAACGAUAGUGCUCCCAGGAAGGAAGUUUACUUCAUGGCUAUCAUAGACAUCCUGCAGCAUUACGAUGCCAAGAAGAAAGCGGCUCACGCCGCCAAGACUGUCAAGCAUGGGGCCGGAGCAGAGAUCUCCACGGUCAACCCAGAGCAGUACUCGAAGAGGUUUCACGAUUUCAUCACCACUAUUCUGUCAUAGCCUCCAGGAGCGACAGGGGGCACAGAGGCACAUGGGAAAGGGAGGGCAAGUGGGGAGUAGUGCGGGGAAGAGAAGUGAUGGAGAGAAAAACCAUCGAGAGGCUGAAUUAAUAAGGUGCUCAGAUGGCUUUGUAUCACUCUCCUUCAUGCUUUCUCCUCAUCCCUGCCUGCUUGUUUCUUUUCUCUUUCAGUGGAGUGCCACGCUCUGCAGCUAUAAAAAAAAAAAAAACAUCAUUCGUUUACAUUUAACCUCUCCUCUGUUGACUUUUGUUCAUGUGUUACUUUGGGUGAUAAGGGUGUUGAAAGCAAGCGUCCAAGUCAUUUUUUUUAUAUAAUUUGUUUUUGUCUGUAUCGUUUAUAUGGGAACAUCCAGCACCCUGCAUUUUUUUUAAUUUUGAUGUUUGUAUUUGUCUUCCCCUUAUGAUGUUUAGGGGGAGGUAAGCGCGAGGGUAUGAUGUGUAUAGUGUGAGGUCAAGGGGAGUGCACAGGUCAGAUUACGGCACAAGGUGAGGUCCCUCUUGCAAAGAGAAGGCUUAAGCGGGAUAUAACGAGGAAGUUCACGUGGAGCCUCGCCUAAUGCAAUUGCUUUAUUUCAGGAAGUGGGAAGCAGUCUUCCAAUAGGCCCACUGCCAGACCCCCCCUUCAGCCAAACAAAUCUUCCCAUUUGGGUUCCUCCUGCAACACUCACCCUUCAGACGCCACCCCAACCCCACCCGUUCCUUUGUGUACAAUUAAUGAAUUGAGCUUCUGGGUUAUCCUCUUGCCACGCACUCACAACAAACACGUCUCAUUAGCUGAGAUGAGUUCACUUGUUGCAGAAAGUUAUGAUGCUUGUUUCCAGCCUAGUUGCACCUCAGUGGUUGUCAGUGCUUUAUCCCUUUCGCUUUGUUGUGAUGCACAGUGAUUUAAGAAUGAUUAAGGGAAGGAUGCGUACCUUUAAAUGAGAAGAAGAGGGAUUUGAGCACACAGUAAGUGUCGUUUACUUGCAUUCCCUCUGAAUACGUUUGGGCAUUGUUAUGUAGGCCUGGUUUCUGUUCGUGUGGCAGGGAAUGACCCAGAAGUCUUGUGUGGCUGUAGUGAUUAAGAGUUAUAUCUUCAUAUAGGGUGUCAGAUUGAAACAUCAACUGCCCUUAACUUUCUGUUGCCAUCAGCACCUUAUGAGUAAAUCAAAAAUGUUGCACUUUUAUUUGUUAUUAGAGGUUAGGAGCUCUUGUUCUGUUACAUGCGCUGCAACAAAGAGGAAAAGGAACUCUGCUCUCUUAGAAUUAAAUCUUUAGGGGCCUGAUCUCAAAUCCCGUCUCCUCCACAAUGUUCUCACCCGUCGACUUCUUACCGUAGGGAUUGGUUGGGAAGACUUUAUUGCAAUAUUAGACGAGAAAGUGGACGAGUUCUGUUUCCAGGACUUUUGUAAACUAACCUUUCCAAUCUUUUUUAGAAGUGGUCUGUGGUGUUGUGGUGGUGGGUUUUGAGACCAGGCAACAGUGUGACUGUGCUUGUGCGUUCAGGGCAGACAGAAGUCUGUUUACCUCCAGCAUCGUACCAGCACACACUCAAUGAUGGCGAAAUGAUGUGUGUGUCAGUGUUCAAAAGUUAUAAAGGGGGGGGGGGACAAAAGUAAGGGGAGGGGGGAGGUUGGGAAGAGUAGCUGCAGAUGUAAAGACACGUGUUGUUAAGACAUUAACACCAACAGCAACGGCCUCUUCUCUAACCUCGGCUGUGAGUCUGUUAUUCAUCGUUGUUUGUGUUGUUAUUGUUGACAUUUUUAAAGGUGGUUUAUCUGUGUUUGAAUUUGGCGGUUUUAUGAAUUGAUGUGGUAAUAAUUCUUUUGUUCCUGUUUGAGUUUUUUUUUUUUUGUAUAUUUUGCACAAGAGGAAAGGAACCAAAUGUUACAAAUACGAUCCCAAUUAGCUGAUAUGGUCUUAACAAGGGAAAUGCAAUAUACUUGUGUGUAAGUGAGAAAAGCUGUUGUGCGUGUGACGUUGUGUAUCACUUCUGGAUAACCAACUAAAACAAGUAAAGUCGUCCUCCUUGACUAUUGUAACCCAGGCAAAAGGCUUCCAUCACAAUAUGUUUGUUUAGAUAUCAUAGAAUAUAUUCACAUUUAUAUUUUUACAUUGGAUUUUAGUCACGAAAUAUAGUUGUAUUUAAAAAAAAAAAAAAAAAAAAAAAAAAAAAGGAGCCACCCUUGGGUAUGAAUGAUGGUGCUGUGGUAAAUGAAGAAUAAUACUGCUUGAAUUUAUACAAUACUUACUCUAGAUGUACUUAAAGAAAAAGUCAUAAAAAAAUUGCAUGUCACAGGACUAAGUUUCCUUUUCCCUCUCUAGUCUGUGUUGUUGGCUGUUCAGGUUCUCUUUGUGUCCCUACACUUUAACAAGAUUUGUGAGCUGUUCAGCGUUAAAUAGUCCCUACCAUGCUUUAAAUAACUGUUUUUCAUUGUAUACACUGUGCAAGAUGUGUGCCUUUAUACUCCAAAGUUAUUUAAUUUUAUAUUUUGUAAUCUUUUUUUAAAACAAAGGUAAAAGGUUAUUUUAAUAAUAGGGUGUUUACUUUGACAUGCAUUAUUCCCAAUUUUGUUUUCAACCCCCCCCCCACCUGCUCAACCUUCUUCUGCUUUAACACCUCUGUAUUCAGAUUUGUUCAUAUUAUUCAGUCAGUUAAACAAAACCAUUCUAAUGAUUGUGUUUUAACCAACCUAAAAUGUUAGCUGUCUUAAAUUUGAAUAUGGUGGAUCGGUUUGGAUUCUGUAAAUUCAAAUCUAUCGUUGUGAUUAUUCCGUGUGUACAGGCGUCCCCUUUCCUCCUCCUCAGAGUGAGGUGGUGUCUGCUGAUAUUAAUCCCUUGUUCGUUCACGCUGGUCCUGCCUUUAUAAAGAACGUGCGUGCGUGUGUGCAAGUGCAUUGUGUAAUGUGAUUGUGUUUCGUCGUGCUCGUCCUCGCUAACUGCCCCCCAUACACACACAUCAGGAGACUGUCAGCAUCUUCAUCACGUUUACCUUCGAACCACAGAUUUCAGAAAUGUGUUUUUUUUUUUAAGUGUUUGUCCGAAAUAUCACUCGCCGUCGAUGUACGACCCCCUACUCAUUUCUGAACCAGGUUUAUGUUCUCUUGGCGUUUUGUGUAAGCCGCUUGUUAUCAGGGAGGUUCAUCAGCUGAUAGUUCAUCCUGAGUCAGUGGUUAAUUGAUAUUUCAGUGUUCUUUCACUAUUAUUGGGCUGUUUUGUUUCUAUUGUCACGUAGCUCAUACUGUACAUAGGUUGUGUUAUUAAGAAAACAGGGAAUGAGGCAACACAAUCAUCUUCUAGUCUGCUUUGCUCUGUUUGGCCCUGGAGGCUUCCCUGUAGUCAGACAUAAGCAAGUAGAAAACCGAGCAGUGCAUGCUGGGAGAGUGAGUUUUUUUUCUGUUUUGUUUUGGGAAUAACUAUGGAUCUCAUGUAAAAUAGACGAUGAUGAUGCCAGACUUUCACAGAUGCAAAUUAAAGACGAUAACACACGCUCUGCUGCUGUUUUUUGAAAUGAAUAAGUCCUUGCUUUUGUGACUUCUCUCAUGAAUGAGCUCCUUCAGCCAUUAGGCCCACCCAACAGUCAACCUGCUGCCACGUUAACUUGCCAAAAGCAUCUUUCAGCAGUCAGAACUACCCUACAUGAGCUUGAAGAACAUUGUGUAAUAGUGUAAUGUAUCUGUUUGUUUGAACUGAAUUUGUUUUUUUUACAUGCACUGGGAGAUGGAGCAAGGUGUGCAUCGCUGAUAUGUGAAUAUGUCCAAAGUUAUGAGAAACAACCCUGUGUUCAUGUGGUUUAUCAAGUGUUAAGGGAAAAUUUGAUUACAAAUGCAAACAACCAGAGGCCAGGCAAGAACUGCAGAGAUGGAAAACAUUUCCUUUGGCCUUAAGAUUUAAAAUCAAGAAUCUUUGUCGAAAAAUAACUAAUUUUGAAAGUUAUUGAAUCCUUUGAAUUUGAAUGCACACAUCAGGCCACGAAACAUGCCCUCUUGCAGUUGAGCUUUGGUCUCACAAAAGUCCUGAGUACUUUUAGACUACACCUAAAAGACAGAGUGUGUGAGUGUGUGUGUGUGUGUGUGUGUGUGUGUGUGUGUGUAGCAAUGGUUGGUGAGAGUUCCCUUUCCGUGGCAGAGAGGCCAAAAUGAUGAUGUAUGUUUAUUGUUCUUCACAUUUGAUGAUGAUGAUGAUGAUGAUGAUGAUGAUGAUAAUAAUAAUAAUACACUCCAUUCCAUAAGUGUUCACUCAAACCAAUUAAAGCACUCGUUCUGCUUAACUC